GAAUUUCGCCGGGGGGAGGAUUGUUAGCAGGUGAUUGCCAUGCUGCCAGUUGUAGUUGUCCAUGGAGGGGCAGGUCAUAUUCCGAAGGAGCGGUCAGAAAAGUCCACUAUGGGGGUGUGUUCAGCAGCGCAGGCAGCAUACUUUGUUCUCCAGGGUGGAGGCAGCAGUAUGGAUGCUGUGGUUGAAGCUGUGACCAGUUUGGAGAAUAACCCCUCUUUUAAUGCAGGGUGUGGCUCUGUGCUAAACAUUAAAGGUGAAGUAGAGAUGGAUGCCAUUGUGAUGGAUGGGAAAACUCUGGCCAGCGGUGCCGUGUCUGCAGUACGUAACAUAGCUAACCCAGUUCAGUUGGCGAGACUGGUCAUGGACAAGACCAGUCAUGCAUGUCUGACAGCAGAAGGAGCCAGUCAGUUUGCCCACUCUAUGGGAGUCGCUGAGGUUCCUCAGGAGUCCCUCAUAACUGAGUAUUCUCGCAUGCGCUGGAGAAAGAACCUAGCCCCUGAUGCCAACCCUGUGGAGAGCCAAAUGGGUAAGAUGGGUACCGUUGGAGCGGUUGCAGUCGACAUUGAGGGUAACGUAGCGUGUGCAACCUCCACCGGAGGAAUGCUUAACAAGAUGGAGGGCCGGGUGGGCGACACACCCUGCAUAGGCAGUGGAGGCUACGCUGAUAACCUGUCAGGAGCCGUGUCCACAACAGGCCAUGGAGAAACCAUCAUGAAGGUCACACUGGCUCGACUCAUCCUAUUCCACAUGGAGAAAGGUCAGUCUGCGGAGGCUGCCAGUGACUUGGGCCUGGCCUACAUGAAGUCCAGAGUGGGGGGGCUGGGAGGGGUGGUGACGGUGGACCCUAAGGGAAACUGGGCCGCUCGUUUCUCCAGCAAGCAGAUGUCAUGGGCUGCAGCCCAGAGCGGCAUGCUGCACCACGGUCUGUACACCGGAGAACACUUCACCCAGAACGUGGAGGAGCCGCACUGA